CUCGCCUCUCCAAGGGCGGCACCGCGUAGCACUGACUCACACACGCCCCUCCUCCGCGCGCGGGCGCGCGGCGCAGCCGCAGGCCGCUGCGGCGGUUCUGCUCCGCCCUUGCGCCGCGGCCUCAUCGCCGCUGCCGCCGCCGACUCGGACAGAGGCACCACCGGCCAAAAAUACGUGCCAUCCAGGCCGUCGCGGCGGCGCCCCGAGUAGGUUCGGGUACGGGAUGCUCACAACCCGCGCGAUGGAGCGCGGGUCGGCCGUGAAAGGCGUCCGUAGGUGGCGGAGGACCGCGCUACUUUCGCCGAUCAUGCCGGUCGCGUCCAGGGUAUCGCAGACGCGCGUGCCUGCGGCUCACACGCCGCGCGAGGGCGCGCGGCUCGGUCGUGAAAGGCGUCGGUAGGCAGCGGAGGUCCGCGCUACUUUCGCCGAUCAUGCCGGUCGCGUCCAAGGUAUCGGCACCGCCAAACGGACCUUCCCGGCUCUCUUAACGGUCCACACACGACUCCCCGGCGCGUCCCCGAGCAGACGCGCGUGCCCGCGGCUCACACGCCGCGCGAGGGCGCGCGGCUCGGCCGUGGAAGGCGUCGGUAGGCAGCGGAGGACCGCGCUACUUUCGCCGAUCAUGCCGGUCGCAUCCAAGGCGCGCGUGCCUGCGGCUCACAACCCGCGCGAGAGCGCGCGGCUCGGCCUUCGAAGGCGUUGGGAGGCAGCGGCCGAGCCCGCCUUCACCGUGACGCCGUUCAAGUGCCUAAGGCGGUAGGCGGAUCACCGCACUUCUCCCCGGCGAGAUGAGGCCCUCCGCGCUAGAGGAGAGGCGGAUCAGACUAGGAGGAGCGGCGGAGGCCAUCAAGCUUGUCUCGAGUAGCCCUCGCGCGCGCGCAAUCGCGUGGCGGCGGUAGACCGAUUUUCGCCACCGAGACGAACACCGACUCAAAGGGUAGCCGUGACAACUUCGUGUGUAUAGCGGCUGAUACGCUUGUUCAUACCAAUUCUUUGCACCUGCC